AUGGCUGGAACCAGGGACGGCAGCUCAAGCCGUCCAGACGAAGAAGCCGCUCGCGGUGGCAUCACGGAGCACACGCCAUUACUCAAGCCUCACGAUGAUGACCAUGGCCACGCCGAAGCACCUUCCAACGGCGUCCCCUAUGAAAAUGGCUCCGGUGUUCCCGGCGACCAAGAGGAAGAGCAGACCGUCCUGGCAAAGGAGGAGUCGUUUGGCAAGCUGGCUCUCAUCAUGGGAACCACCUGGGUAGGAGUGUUUCUUGGCGCCAUCGACUCAACCAUUAUCGCCACAUUGUCUGCACCCAUUGCCAGCGAGUUCAAGUCACUGAGCUUAAUGUCAUGGCUCGCAACGGCAUAUCUCAUUUCCAAUGCUGCCUGUCAGCCCAUUUCCGGCCGCCUGACGGAUAUUUUCGGCCGUGGCCCAGGUCUCGUCUUUAGCAACGUCUUCUUUGCGAUAGGAAACUUGAUUUGCGGACUGGCUCAUGAUGAAAAGAUGAUGAUUCUCGGUCGCGUUGUUGCCGGCAUUGGCGGCGGCGGUCUCAUGAGCAUCUCCACCUUCUUGGGAUCAGAUCUGAUUCCUCUGAGGAAGCGAGGUGUCGUCCAAGGCAUUGGCAACAUCUGUUACGGGUCAGGCGCCAUGCUAGGCGGCGUCUUCGGGGGCCUGAUUAACGAUCACACAAAACUGGGAUGGCGACUGGCCUUUUUGAUUCAAGUCCCGCCCGUGUUGUUGUCCGCCGUGGCUGUUCACUUCUUGGUCAAGGUGCCGCCCAAACAGUCUGACAAGUCGUACCUCGCACGCAUCGACUUCCCCGGCGUCUUUCUGACCUCGUCGUUUCUCGUCUUGCUUCUCCUUGGCCUCAACUCGGGAGGGAACCAAGUUCCUUGGACGCAUCCCCUUCCCCUGACGACGAUCCCGCUGUCCGUCGUGGCCUUUGUGGGUUUCUUGUGGUGGGAGAGUCGUGCCCGUCAGCCCAUCAUUCCUGUGAGGCUGCUCAUGAACCGGACUGUCUUGGCCGCGUGCUUUACCAACUUGCUUGCUACAAUGGUGGUCCUUACGCUCAUCUUUUACGUGCCCAUGUACCUGCAAGUGCUAGGCGACUCGGCCACAGAUGCUGGCCUGCGGAUCCUGCCGUCACCGAUUGGUGUGUCGAUUUCGUCGGUCCUGGCUGGCUAUAUCAUGAAGAAGACCGGGCGGUUCGUCACCCUUGGUGUCACCAGCAUGGUUGUUGUCAGCGUGGGCAUUGUUUUGUUGACGCUCAUGGGCCGUGAGGCAUCUGUUUGGCUUAGCAGCGCUGCAUUCUUCCUCGUCGGAGGCGGCUAUGGCGCCAUGUUGACUACCACACUGCUCGCUUGCAUCGCCGCUGUGGAUCAUUCGCAGCAAGCGGUUGUCACAUCUGCAACGUACUUGGCUAGGAGUCUCGGAGGCACGGUUGGCAUCACCAUCGGUUCUGCAGUCUACCAAAAUAUUCUCAAGUCCCGUCUCUGGGACCGGUUUGGCGAUCAGCCCAACGCCGCGGAAGAAAUUCGCCGCAUCAGGGAUGAUCUGGAGGCAUUGAAGCAUCUCCCUGAGGGAUGGUACGACGGCGUGAUAGAUUCGUUUAUGGAAGCCUUUAGAGGUGUUUGGCUGACCAUGCUGGGGCUGGCUGUUGCAGCACUGAUUUGUGUGUCCCUGAUGAAGCAUCACACUCUUCACUCGACUUUGGAUAGGCGAUGA